AUGGGAGCUUCUCCGGAUGCCAACGGAGAUAUAGGUAUGAGUAGCAAGGGAAAAGGCUUUUACAAUGGGAAUUUUGAUGACAUGGAUAUUGAUGACCUGGAUUUUGGUGAUGAAGAAGUUGAGGAUUCGACUACCUUACAUGAUCUGGGAGAAGUGUUCCUGGACGAAUUCUGUAAGGAGGCGUCAGUGUCAUUCUUCAAGGAGUAUGGCCUCCUAAGUCAUCAGAUUAAUUCAUACAAUGACUUUGUUGAGAAUGGCAUACAAAGGGUCUUUGAUUCUUUCGGUGAGAUUGUAGUUGAGCCUAAUUUUGAUCCAUCAAAGAAGGGAAAUGCUGACUGGCGAUUUGCAGCUAUCAAGUUUGGAAAAGUCACCCUUAGUAAGCCAUGUUUUUGGGGAGGUUCAGAUAGUGACAAGGAGUAUAACAUGUUACCAAGGCACGCUAGGCUUCAGAACAUGACGUACUCAGCCAGGAUGUCUGUCAAUAUUACUGUCCAGGUAUAUACUCAAAAUCUUGUCGAAAGUGACAAGUUUAAAACUGGAACAGAGCAACUACUGGAAAAGACGACUCUGAGUACUGACAGCAGGGACAUCAUAAUUGGUAGGAUUCCUGUAAUGGUGAAGUCUAACUUGUGUUGGAUGAAGGGAGUCGAGAAAGGGGACUGUGAGUUUGACCAAGGAGGCUACUUUAUAAUAAAUGGUGCAGAGAAGACAUUCAUAGCUCAAGAACAGAGCUGCUUGAAGAGGCUUCUGAUUACAAAUAGUCAGGGUCUCACAGUAGCAUAUAGGUCAGAGGUCAAGCGACAUAGGCUCAUAAUUAGACUAUCCGGGAUUUCGAAGCUUGAAAAUGUUGAAGGAGUGGAGAAAGUCCUGUCAGUAUAUUUUAUGUCAACAGAAAUUCCUGUUUGGAUUUGGUUUUUUGCCCUUGGGGUUAGUUCAGACAAAGAAGUUAUUGAUCUGAUUGAUUAUGGCAUUGAAGAUGCAAGCAUUUCAAACAUACUGUUUGCCUCAAUCCGUGAUGCAGAUGAGCGAAAAGAUGACUUUCGUAGGGGGAAUAAUGCUCUGAGAUAUGUUGAAAAUGCAAUAAAGAGUACGACAUUUCCACCUGGGGAAAGCGUGGAAGACUGCAUCAGCAUGUAUCUGUUUCCUAAUAUGAGAGGCUUGAAGCAGAAGGCUCGCUUUCUAGGGUAUAUGGUGAAGUGUCUUUUACAGACCUCCAUUGGCCUAAGAAAAUGCGAUAAUAGGGAUGACUUUAGAAACAAGAGAUUGGAGUUAGCAGGUGAGCUUCUAGAACGAGAGCUGAAGGCACACGUUUCACAUGCACGGAGGAAAAUGGCAAAGGCUCUGCAAAGAGACCUAGGCGGUGAUCAUGUUGUCCGGCCAGUGGAACACUAUCUAGAUGCUUCCAUAGUUACCAAUGGUGUUUCCCGAGCAUUCUCUACUGGAGCAUGGUGUCAUCCUUUCAAGAGGAUGGAGAGGAUAUCAGGUGUGGUGGCAAAUAUUGGGCGAGCAAAUCCCUUGCAGACAAUGAUUGAUAUGAGGAAGACACGCCAGCAAGUUCAAUACACUGGCAAGGCUGGAGAUGCCAGAUAUCCGCAUCCUUCUCACUGGGGGAAGGUUUGCUUUCUUUCAACCCCGGAUGGUGAGAACUGUGGACUUGUGAAAAAUUUGGCUACCACUGCGCUUGUAAGUAUAAACAUAUCGGAGCCCAUAUUGCCCAAAUUGUUCAAAUGCGGCAUAGAGGAGUUGGUAGAUGAUACCUAUACUUCACUGGCUGGGAAGCAUAAAGUUUUUCUGAAUGGUGACUGGGUUGGCAUUUGUGUAGACUCACAUGGUUUUGUAACAAAACUAAGGAGGUUGCGACGCAGUAAAAAGUUACCACAUCAGGUGGAAAUCAAAAGAGACGAACACAAAGGAGAAGUGCGCAUAUUUUCUGAUGCUGGAAGGAUUCUACGUCCGCUCUUGGUUGUUCAGGGUUUGAAAAAGAUUAAAGCAGCAAAAGGAGAAAAGCAUACCUUCCAAGAUUUUCUCGACAAGGGAAUAAUUGAGUUCAUUGGUGCAGAAGAAGAAGAGGACUGCCGUACAGCAUGGGCCAUUAAAUAUCUAUUUAUGGAAGAACAGGGCUCGGUGGUCAAGUACACACACUGUGAACUGGACAUGUCCUUUUUGUUAGGUUUGAGCUGUGGUAUAAUUCCCUUUGCAAAUCAUGAUCAUGCAAGGAGGGUGCUCUACCAGUCUCAGAAGCACUCUCAGCAGGCUAUUGGUUAUUCUACUACAAAUCCGAACCUCAGAGUGGAUACGUUGUCCCACAACUUGCACUACCCCCAACGGCCGCUUUUUCGUACAAUGAUAGCUGAUUCCCUUGGAAAACCAGGAUACCCAGUGGGACAUAACGGUUUUAUGCCAAAGCCUGAGUACUUCAAUGGUCAGAAUGCAAUUGUUGCAGUCAAUGUGCACCUUGGUUAUAACCAAGAAGAUUCUAUAGUAAUGAACCGGGCAUCACUGGAACGUGGUAUGUUUCGUUCUGAGCACAUCAGGAGUUACAAGGCUGAGGUUGAAAACAAGCUCUCAUUGGAAAAAAGACGAAAACCAGAUGAGUGUGUCAACUUUGGCAAAAUCCAGAGUAAAUUUGGACGUGUUGACAACCUUGAUGACGAUGGGUUUCCUUGUGUUGGUGCAAGUCUCCAGAGUGGAGAUAUCAUUAUCGGGAGGUGUAGUGAAUCUGGUACCGAUCAUAGCAUCAAAUUAAAGCAUACUGAAAGGGGCAUGGUUCAGAAGGUUGUGCUUUCCUCUAAUGAUGCUGGCAAGAACUUUGCGGUUGUAUCAUUAAGACAGGUACGUUCUCCUUCUCUUGGAGACAAAUUCUCUAGCAUGCACGGGCAGAAGGGGGUCCUCGGUUUUUUGGAGUAUCAGGAGAACUUCCCUUUCACAAUACAAGGGAUAGUUCCAGAUAUUGUAAUUAAUCCACAUGCAUUCCCUUCAAGACAAACUCCGGGUCAACUCCUAGAGGCUGCUUUAGGGAAGGGGAUUGCCUGUGGUGGUUCAAAGAGAUAUGCCACACCCUUCUCCACUCUCUCUGUUGAUGACAUCACAGACCAGCUUCAUAGAGCUGGAUUUUCAAGAUGGGGAAAUGAGAGAGUGUACAAUGGCAGAACUGGUGAAAUGGUUCGCCAGCUGAUUUUUAUGGGCCCAACAUUCUAUCAACGGCUGAUUCACAUGUCUGAAGAUAAAGUUAAGUUUAGGAACACUGGGCCAGUCCACCCUCUCACCCGGCAGCCAGUGGCAGACAGGAAGCGAUUUGGUGGGAUCAAGUUUGGUGAGAUGGAGCGCGACUGCCUGAUAGCCCAUGGAGCAUCAGCAAACUUGCAUGAACGCCUCUUUACUCUCAGUGACUCCUCCCUGAUGAACGUUUGCCAGAAAUGCCAGAAUGCUGCUAAUGUGAUAGAGCGGAAAUUGACUGGCGGCCGCAAAAUCAGGGGUCCAUAUUGCCGGGUCUGCGACUCUGCUGAUGACAUUGUGAGGGUGAAUGUGCCAUAUGGGGCCAAGCUAUUGUGCCAGGAGCUAUUCAGCAUGGGGAUAAGUCUCAAGUUUGAAACCAGGCUUUGUUGAGUACUGAGCAUCAGCACUACUUUUGGGAGCAAUAUAACUCCAGUACAUGUAUUUAACUACGACUUUCAUUACUCCCCAGUAGGUUUCGAACUCUUUAAGUUCCAGAUGUUUAAUCCUUAGUUCCUAGUAUCUCUUUUAACUGAUGGUCAUAACUCGGAUGCUAAUUGUUGUUUUAGAAUGAUCUUGGCAACUUAUUUGAGAGAUUAGAGCAACAAUGAAGUAAUGCACUGGACUUUUACACAC